AUGUCCGCGCCGCUCCUCGCGGAGGUCGCGCCCAUCGAUCCCCCCGCGCCCGUCAAGCCGCCGCCGCCUCCCAAGAAGCCCCCCGUCGCGACGCCCCCACCGGGAGGACCCACGGUCAAGGCGAAGACCCUCACGGAGCAAUUCAAGGAGGCUCUGGAGGGAACCGACGGCCUCACCCCGUCGAAGACUGUCGAACUCCUCGACCGAUUCAUCGUCGGGCAGGCUGACGCCAAGCGCGCGUGCGCGGUGGCGCUGCGCAACCGCUGGCGCAGGCACCGCGUCGACCCGUCCCUUCGAGACGAGAUCGUGCCCAAGAACAUCCUCAUGAUCGGGCCCACCGGCUGCGGCAAGACGGAGAUCGCGAGGCGACUCGCCAAGAUCACCGACUCGCCCUUCGUCAAGGUCGAGGCGACCAAGUUCACCGAGGUGGGCUUCCACGGCCGCGACGUCGACCAGAUCAUCAAGGAUCUGGUCGACAACGCGAUGCACAUCACGAAGACCAAGCUGCGACAGCGAUUCGAGAAGGAGGUUAACGAGGUUGUGGAGAACAAGAUCGUGGACUUCAUGUGCGGCGAGACGAGCGGGGACGUGACGCGCGACGCUUUUCUGCAGAUGUACCGCGACGGCGCCCUGGACCACCGCGUGAUCGAGCUCGAGCUCCCCGAGGGCGGCGGCGAGGGUAAGGGGAUGGAGCUCGGCGGUUCCAAUCAGAUGACGCCGGAGCGUAAGCUCAUACCGGGCGGGCGUCUCGGCGGCCGGGGCGCGAGGAUGACCAAGAAGCGCAUGACGGUUCGCGAGUGCCGCCCUCUGAUCGAGGAGAUGGAGUACGAGCGUCUCAUCAACUCCGACGUCGUGGUCAAGGAGGCGCUCAAAGCGGUUGAGAACGACGGCAUCGUGUUCCUCGACGAAAUUGACAAGAUCGUCUCGUCCUCGGACCACAGGCACGGCGCGGACGCGUCGUCGGAGGGGGUCCAGCGCGACCUGCUGCCCAUCAUCGAGGGCAGCGUCGUCGCCACGAAGCACGGCAACGUCAACACCGACCAGAUUCUCUUCAUAGCGUCGGGCGCGUUUCACCAGUGCAAGCCCAGCGACAUGCUCGCCGAGCUCCAGGGCCGCCUGCCCAUCAAGGUUGAGCUCAAGGGCCUGACCGCGGACGACUUGCUCCGCAUAUUGACGGAACCCGAGGCGAACGUCCUGAAGCAGCAGAGGGCGCUGCUCGAGACGGAAGGGGUCGAGCUGAGCUUCACCGACGAGGCGGUUCGACACAUCGCGAACCUCUCCGCCGAGGUGAACCGCACCGUCGACAACAUCGGCGCCAGGCGGCUGCACACGGUGCUCGAGAAGAUCGUGGAGGAGGUGUCGUUCCACGCGCCGGAAAAGGUGGCGACGUACAGGGAGACGGGAGGGAUCGGGCCGUUGAAGAUCGUCAUCGACGUGCCGGAGGUUGACGGCGCCAUCGGCGAGCUCAUGCAGAAGACGGAUCUGAGCAGGUUUGUGCUGUGA